AUGGCGCCCAUGUCCUCGGCUCAGAAGCUCGCUGCUGGAGAGGCUAAGAAGAAGCCUUCGUCGUCUUCUACAGCUGCUUCUACUAUUCUCUCCUCAGCCUUCGUCACCGCCCCUGGUCCGAAGGCAAGUCAACAAGCCGCCGAGAUCAAGACCGUAAAAGCGAGAAAGAUCUACCCCUUGUCUUUCGGCGACCGCAAGCUCCUGGCUAAAGCUCUUGCUCUUUUCCGUGCGACCUCGAUCAAGAAGGAAAUGGUGGCGGACAAUCUUGGCGUGGAGGCCAGCAUCAUUAAGCUUCCCGCAAACCUUGAAGUCCAGGUGGUCAAGGACAUCAUCCAACACUUCAAGGAUCUCACCACCUGGAACAAGUUCGCCAAGGACUUGCGUUCUUACCGGUCGACAUAUCGGGACAUCCAGUUGUGUAGUGCUGCGGAUUUCCUCGGUAUGACCGCCUACACCCAACAUAUCUUCAACUGGUACUGGGCACGUCUCAGCUCCGGUUACAUCCCGGACUAUGCCGAUAUCGACGCCAUCUCAGCCGCCCGGACCCCGUUACGCGACGAUAUUUUCCGCAAGAUCGUCAACGCCAUUGCGAAGCUAGACCGCGAAGGCAAGAUCCCAGACCCGGAGGACUACGAGGCGUACUUGAAGGCCAACGAACGCUUCGGUGUCGCGGUGGACGAGGCAAAGAAGAAGAUGCAGAAGCAUGAGGCCUACGCCGACAAGAAGAACCGACUUGCUGCACAGGCGGAGCUUCAAGAGGAGGCUGCUAAGAUGAUGCAUCAUCAGCGUCAAAAGCAAUCGAAGGAGAAGGCGGCGAAUCAGCAGGCCAAUUGA